CGGCGCUCCGCUGCACAGCUCUGCAAUGAUCAACUUUGACGCGUUACUCACAGACAUCGGCGAGUUCGGAGCCUAUCAAAAAUGGAUGGCAGUAUUGUGUUGCAUCCCCGGGAUCGUGGCUGCUUUUGUAUUCGUGGGCUUUAUCUUUAUCGGAGAAACGCCUCCGUUCUGGUGUCGCGGUCCUGGAGUCGAGACAUUCGCGGAAAAGUGUGGCUGGACUCUGGAGGAGGAGAAAAAGUAUACGGUACCCACGGGUUCAAAUGCUGCCUGUUUCCGCUAUGAUGUUGAAUGGAACCAGACUGACCUGGAGUGUGCCGCGUGGGAAUCGCGCGUGGCAAAUGCCUCGGCGAUGAACUUGGUGCCAGUGGCUCCAUGCGGAGGCGAAUGGGUUUAUGACUGGAACCGCACCAGCCUCGCAACUGAGUUUAAUCUUGUGUGCACAGACUCCUGGAAGUUGGAUUGGACCCAGUCUUCAGUGUCAGUAGGAUACUUGAUAGGGGCUGUUCUGACAGGUUAUGUGGCAGACAGAUAUGGAAGGAAAUUUUGUUUCCUCAUCUCAACUUUUGGACUGGCUGUUGCAAGUGUUAUUGUAUCUUUUUUACCAAACUACAUCUUAUUGCUGUUUUUUCGCAUUCUUCAAGGCUUUUUUGCAAAAGGAGUAUGGAUGGCCUCAAAUGUACUUGUUGCAGAAAUUGUUGGUGCAAACUACAGGAGAAUUGUGGGCAUCAUGGCACAGAUACUGUUCACUGUUGGAAUCAUUGUUCUGCCUGGAAUUGCUUACAUCAUUCCUUCCUGGAAGAUGCUGAAUCUUGCCAUCAGUUUACCAACAUUCAUUUUAUUGCUCUACUACUGGUUUCUUCCAGAAUCUCCAAGGUGGUUGCUAAUUUGCAAAAAGAACAAAGAAGCAAUCAGAAUUGCCAAAAAAAUUGCUAAGCAUAAUGGAAGACCUUUCCCUACAACGUGCCAAGAGGUAGACACAGAUGAGUCUGAUCCAGGAAACAAGCACACCCCCUCUGUACUUGAUGUGUUUAAGACAGCUCAGUUGAAGAAGUACUCUCUCAUUUUAAUGUAUUCUUGGUUUUCAUGUGUUGUGGUGUACCAGGGGCUGGUCAUGCGCCUUGGAAUUAUUGGCGGAAACCUUUAUUUCGACUUCUUUUUAUCAGGAUUGAUGGAAUUUCCUUCUGCAUUUAUAGUACUAGUGACUGUAGACCGAGUUGGAAGACGACCACCUUUUGCUUUGUUCAGUGUUUUGGCAGGACUGGCCUGCUUGAUCACUGCAUUUAUUCCUGAAAGCUUAAGCUGGCUGAAGACGAGUAUUUCUAUCAUAGGAAGGCUUUCGAUAACAACUGCCUUUGAGAUACUAUAUCUUGUCAACACUGAGAUCUUUCCCACUCCUCUCAGAAACCUUGGACUUUCCAUAUGCUCAAGUCUCUGUGAUAUUGGGGGAAUUGUGGCACCUCUUUUACUCUAUCGGUUAGCUGCAAUCUGGGUGGAGCUACCACUUAUUCUCUAUGCUGUUUUUGCUUUACUUAAUGGUGGACUGAUUUUGCUGUUACCUGAAACAAGAGGCAUCGAUUUACCAGAAACCUUGGAGGACCUAGAAGCUUUAGAACGUAAGCAGCACACCAAAACUGAAAAAAGCAAUUCCAGAUCUUGUUCAACUUACCUUUAACUGGGAA